GUUCGAGUGAUGGUGGAUUUGUGUAACAGCACAAAAGGGAUAUGCUUAACAGGCCCCCCAGGUCCUCCAGGGCCUCCUGGUCUUGAUGGACUGCCUGGCUACAAUGGAUCAGAUGGAGUCCCAGGAAUACCAGGACAAAAGGGAGAACCAGGAACAAAUGGAAAAAGAGGAAAAAUAGGUGUGCCAGGACCAAAAGGUGAUCAAGGACAGAAAGGAGAACCUGGAGAAAUGGGUUUACCUGGCAAGGAUGGUAUGCCAGGAGGAAAAGGUGCAAGAGGAGCAAAGGGUGAAAAGGGGGAUGCAAACAAUGAUGUGAUAUUAGAAGGUGCAAAAGGUGAACCUGGACCACCAGGGCCCCCUGGACCACCUGGACCCCCGGGGCCUCCAGGAAAACGUAAAGGUAAAACACAGCUUCAGGAGAACAUAUACAGCAGCAAAUGCACAGGUGAGACAUGUGCUGUACCAAAUGAUGAUACCCUGGCUGGAAAAGCUGAAGAUAAAACUCCCGGUCCUUCAGAAAAACUUGAAUGUGUCAUAACAUCUGUAGGAAGUCCUGUUCACUUUGUCCAUGUACAGCAAACAUUUGGAACCUGGAUGCGGGAACCUGCAAAUAUAAGUGAUGAAAGGAUUUGGCUUACCAUGCAUUUUGCAGGGAACACUAUAAAAGAAUAUGAAAAUUCCAAUGCAUUGCUGAAUGACAGCUACAGAAUCAUUAACAUCACAGGAUUCUUUUAUGGAUGUGGUCAUGCGGUACAAAACAAUCAUCUGUACUAUCAAAAGGCUGGAACCAGUGUCAUUCUGAAACUUGGGCUUGAUAAAGGAUCGCUGGGCACACUGCUAAUUGAAAAUGCCUUGUAUCAUGGUCGUAACUACCUCUUUUCUAACUCAAAGACGUAUUUCAACAUAGCAGUGGAUGAGAAGGGUCUUUGGAUUAUAUAUGCCUCAAGCACUGAUGGAAAUAUAAUAGUGGCACAUGUUGAUGAAGAAACAUUUUCAGUCAUUCGGCAUAUCAAUACUACAUAUCCUAAAUCCAAGGCUGGUAAUGCAUUCAUAGCAUGUGGCAUUAUGUAUGUUACUGAUACUAAGGAUAUGACAGUAAGUUUUGCUUUUGAUUUAUUGAAAGAGAAGCAGAUUGAUGCAAGGUUUGAGUUACGGUCUUCACAGUCUGUUCUUGCUAUGCUUUCAUACAGUCUAAGAGAUAAGAAUUUGUAUACAUGGGAGAAUGGGAGCUUAAUGAUAUACCCUGUACACUUUGGCAGAUGAAUAUAUUUGAAAAUGGAA